AUGACAGUCAACCACAACGAAGACCCUGACUCCCAAGAGAGAGAGCAAUUCAUCCGAGACAUAAUUCGCCGGAAAUACGGCCGCGAUGUCAGCGCCGUUGCUCGCCUCACCGGUGGCAUCAACUGCUUCACCUACGGCGUCGCUAUCUCUGCCGUAGAUGCGUCCUCUAACAGCAAACCAUCCAGCACUGUCGGUCAGCCUGGUUCAACCGCUCUCCCCGACUCCGCGACGGAUCUCGUUAUCCGCUUAUCGAAUCCAGAGUCGGGGCUUAAUGAGGCUGUUAGAGUUCAGAAUGAAGUGGCCAUGAUGAUUCUCGCUCGAGAGGUUCUUUCACCCUUUGGAAGGCCUGUCGUGCCCAAAGUAUAUGGUUGGGCACCAGGUGACACAGGCAGAGGAUGGACACUAUGCGAGCGCUUGCCCGGCGUGCCCCUAUCAGAAAAGUUCGAUUCCUUAACCAAGGAAGCCAAGAGCGAGGUUCUCUCGCAAAUCGCACAGAUAUUCAAGCUUAUCCAGCUGUAUCGUCUUCCCAGCUCGAUCGAGGGGUAUGGUGGCUUAGGAUUUGACCAAAAUGGCAACAUCGUGACCGGUCCAACAUCCAUUCCAGGCGGCGGUCCUUGUAUGAGGCACGUGGAUUUGUAUGCUGAGUACUUGCAAACACAGAUAGACCUAUCCAAGAAAUGCGACAUCGUCCAAGGUUGGAGCAGUACGGACAUCCCAGACCAUAUUGAGAGAGUGAGAGAACGGCUUGCGAAAACUGCUGAAUGGGAAAAGACACUCCGCCCGACGCUUGUCCAUGCAGAUUUCGACACGCAUAACAUGCUGUUUGACCCGGAGGCGGGCCACAUCACCGGCCUUGUUGACUAUGACUUUGGUCACAUUGGAUCCUUAGCAGACGAAUACUUUUAUUCCAUCUGCACACUAGGGGAUCUGGUUGGUCCGGUUCCGAAGUAUGAGAAUAAUGAGAACCAGCGUCAACUGGCAAGCUCCCUUCUCAACGGCUUCGACCACGACGCACUCGCCGGCAGGCCAAACAAGCCUGUGAACUGGGAGCUGGCGCUUAUGGUAGAUGACGAGCUAGCAAAGGUCGGUGUUCAACGUCCUCAGGACAUUCCUGCGAUUGAAGAGCUUUCUUUGAGGUACUGGUUCAUCAAUCAUCUUAGCCCGCCUUAUUAUCAAACCAAGGGAUGUCGAUGA